GGGGCUUCGCCCCGGGCGCGCAGCCGCCCUGGAGUGAGGGGAGCCCGGCCGAAGGGGGUCCCCGGAGCCCGCCGCGAUGGACGCCGUCUUGGAGCCCUUCCCGGCCGACAGGCUGUUUCCCGGAUCCAGCUUCCUGGACUUGGGGGAUCUGAACGAGUCGGAUUUCCUCAACAAUGCGCACUUUCCUGAGCAUCUGGACCACUUUGCGGAGAACAUGGAGGACUUCUCUAAUGAUCUCUUCAGCAGCUUCUUUGAUGACCCAGUGCUGGAUGAGAAGAGCCCUCUCCUAGACAUGGAAUUGGACUCCCCAACACCAGGCAUCCAGGCUGAGCAUAGCUACUCCCUGAGUGGUGACUCAGCGCCUCAGAGUCCCCUCGUGCCCAUCAAGAUGGAGGACACCACCCAAGACGUGGAGCAUGGAGCAUGGGUGCUGGGGCACAAACUGUGCUCCGUCAUGGUGAAGCAGGAGCAGAGCCCGGAGCUGCCCAUGGACCCUCUGGCUGCCUCCUCCGCUAUGGCUGCCGCCGCCGCCAUGGCCACCACCCCACUGCUGGGCCUCAACCCCCUGUCCAGGCUGCCCAUCCCCCACCAGGCCCCAGGAGAGAUGACACAGCUGCCCGUGAUCAAAGCUGAGCCCCAGGAGGUGAACCAGUUCCUCAAAGUGACACCAGAGGACCUGGUACAGAUGCCUCCGACGCCCCCCAGCAGCCACGGCAGUGACAGCGACAGCUCGCAGAGUCCCCGCUCUCUGCCCCCCUCCAGCCCCAUCCAGCCCACGGCCCGCUCCUCCACGGCCAUCUCCACUUCUCCCCUCCUCACUGCCCCCCACAAGUUGCAGGGGACAUCGGGGCCACUGCUCCUGACGGAGGAGGAGAAGCGCACCCUGACUGCAGAGGGUUACCCCAUCCCCACAAAACUCCCCCUCACCAAGGCUGAGGAGAAGGCCUUGAAGAGGGUCCGGAGGAAAAUUAAGAACAAGAUCUCAGCCCAGGAGAGCCGCCGUAAGAAGAAGGAGUAUGUGGAGUGCCUAGAAAAGAAGGUGGAAACAUUUACAUCAGAGAACAAUGAAUUGUGGAAGAAGGUGGAGACCCUGGAGAACGCCAAUAGGACCCUGCUCCAACAGCUGCAGAAACUCCAGACCCUGGUGACCAACAAGAUCUCCAGACCUUACAAGAUGGCUGCCACCCAAACUGGGACCUGCCUCAUGGUGGCAGCCUUGUGCUUUGUUCUGGUGCUGGGCUCCCUCAUGCCCUGCCUUCCUGAGUUCUCCUCCAGCUCCCAGACUGUGAAGGAAGACCCCAUGGCCACUGACAGUAUCUAUACGGCCAGUCAGAUGCCCUCCCGAAGCCUCCUGUUCUAUGAUGAGGGAGCAGGCUCGUGGGAGGAUGGCCCCAGAGCCCUUCUGCCUGUGGAGCCCCCGGAUGGCUGGGAAAUCAAGCCCGGGGGGCCUGCAGAGCAGCGGCCCCAGGAUCACCUGCAGCAUGACCUUCUGGACAGCACCCAUGAGACCGCCAAGUACCUGAGUGAAGCCUGGCCGGAGGAUGUCGGUGGAAACGGCACCAGCCCCAACUUCUCCCAUCCCAAGGAGUGGUUCCGUGAGAGGGAUCUGGGCCCCAACACCACCACGAAACUCUCCUAGCCUGUGCCAAGACCCAGGACACAAGAUGGACACCCUGGCACCCAGAAGAGGGCUUGUCUUGCUCACCACCCCAGAUUCGGCUUGUACCCCUUCCGCCUGGGAGUUCCCAUCCCAGAAGAAAGGGUUCCACUUCUCAUCCUUUCUUUGCCCCAUUCCCUGGCUGAGGCCUCUCCUAUCACCCCAACAUUUGGACGGUUCCCUUGGGCCAACCACUCCUUUCUCACUUCUCCCUCCACAACCAUCCGUCCACAGAUGAACCACUCACUGGGUACCCUCUUCCUUCCUCCUAAUGACCAACACAACCACUGCCUCCCUGCCCCCAUGCACACACACCAACAUGCACAUAACAUACAACACACAUACACACACACACACCCCUCACCCCACCUCCCACUGUACAGAGACCAAGAACAGAAAUUGUUUGUAAAUAAUGAACCUUAUUUUUUAUUAUUGCCAACCCCCUAAGAUAUUGUAUUUUACAAGUCUCCCUCCUACCCUCCCCCUCCCGUUUUAUAUUUUAUGAAGUUAGUGCGGGCUUCGCUGCUCCCUGGCCCGGGAAGGAGAGUUCCCCCCACUUCCCUGGCCUCCCCCUGCUGCUGCCCAAGCCUCUGGGCCUUUUUAAUUGCCAAACUGCUCUGUCCAUCAGCUCAGCACAUGCUUUAAGAAGGCAAAAUUUAAAAAAAAAAAAAAAAAUGCAGCAUCAA